AUGGCCACUGCAAGAAAAAUUUACUCCGAACAAAGUAGGGGCCACACCUUCAAAGACGAACUGGCCUGGAAGAGCUCGGAUUCAUCCUUAACUCAAACGCUCGAAGGGAACAGAUCGAAACGAUUAAGGCUAGACGAAGAUCUCGAACGAUUGAUUGCGCAGACCGGACACGAUACGAGCCAGAGCAUCCCCGUUAUCCCUACCGAACCGCUCGAAAAACAACAUCAACAAGAACUAGGCAACGAGAACAACCAGGAGGAUGACGAUCAGCUAGAUCUUAACACAUUCGAGUCCGCCGACGACCGCCAACAACAAACUGAGAGAUUGGCCCAGCAAAACUUGCAGCUCGAAAGAGACUUGAAACUCAGUCAGAUCGAAAUCAAUAACCUCAAGUUGCUCAUGCAAUCCGAGACCGAUUGUCCCGACCAUGACAGCGUGAUCCUCUUGAGACUCAUGAAAUCUAGAUUAAAAAAACGCCUUCUCCAACAAUAG